AUGACCUCUGUCGAAGCCCCGAUCAUCUAUAAAGGCCCCUUCACUAUUCCUGUCUUCUCGAAGGCAAUUCCAGGAGGUCCUGUUUUCACCACCUUUGCAAUGCAGUUCAAAGUCUCCGUCCUUGCUGUCGCUGCUUUGAUGCUUCCAAGUAUCACAGCCUUGGAGUGCAUUGUUCAAGUCUAUACUAUGGACCACAAGCCGACGGGGAUAAUCACAACGAUUGUUGCCGGGUAUCCGUUUGAGAUUGACGGGGCUUCAUGCAGUACAGGGCAUACUGACUGUAACGUAGAAUGCCCCGGCCUCAAGAAGAAGGGUCGUUAUGCCGCGGCGGUCGAGGCCAGAUGA